AUGCUCUGGAUCUUCGAUACCAUCGAUCCGCCAGAAGAGCGAAGACCAAGAGGUCCAAUUUUCCCUGUCAUCUUCUCGUCUUCUACAACGACUCUUCACGAAAUGAAAACUCAACCCAUAGAAUCAGCCCUCGUAAUAGGAGGGUGCGGCUCCCUCGGUCACGGUAUCGUGAAAAGACUUCUCGAGAUUCAGCCUCCUAUCCCUAUAUCUGUUUUUGAUUUGAAUACCAAGCCAAACCGAUUUCCGGGAGUUCAAUACUACGAGGUCGACAUCACAGAUAGAAACAAAGUCGACCUCGAACUCAGCAAUGUGAAGCCACAAGUCAUCUUCCACACUGCCUCUCCCCCAGCCGGACUUCUCGAUCUCGAAUUCUACAUGAAAGUCAACGUCGAAGGAACACGCAACUUACUCGAAAGUGCCAAAACCCAAAACGUAAAAGCCUUCGUUCACACCUCAUCCGCCUCCGUCAUCCACGACGCCCACACGAACCUCAUCCUCGCCGACGAAACCACCCCCCUCGUCUACCUCCCCGCCCAACGCGAAAUCUACUCGCACUCCAAAGCCGUCGCCGACCGCCUCGUCCUCGACUCCAACAGUCGCUCCACACGCACCGGCUGCAUCCGGCCCUCGGGCAUGUUCUGCGAGGGCGACCCUACACCCGCUGCCUUCGUCGCGAACGCCGCUCAAGGAAAACUCAGGUACAACAUCGGCGGCGGCGAGAAUCUGUUCGAUUUCACGUACCAGGUUAACGCGAUACACGCGCAUAUCCUGCUCGCCGAGGCUCUACUCACGCGCGGGGACGAGGUAGGCGGCGAGGCGUUCCUGGUUACGAAUGAUGAGCCGAUGCCGUUUUGGGAGUUUGGGCGGUUGUUGGGGGAUGCGGCGGGGUAUCCGACGGAUAGGGAGAGGGUGAGGAGUUUGCCGCUUUGGGUUGGGUUGGUGGUGGCGGCGGUUGCGGAGUGGGUUGUUUGGGUGGUUUCCGCCGGGAGGAGGAACUCGAGGUUGAAUCGUGUGGCGAUUCGGUAUAGUGCGUUGACGAGGACUUAUUCGGUGGAGAAGGCGAAGAGGGUGUUGGGGUAUAGACCGCUUGUUGGGUUGAGAGAGGGGAUUGAGAGGAGUGGGAGGUCGUUUGGGAGGGGGGAGAAGGGGGUUUAG